CUUCCAAAAAAAGUCUUGCGGCCGGCGAAAGGAACCGUUGGGAUGGGGUUGUGGAGUUUGUCAGCUAUAUUAACUAUCCUUUAAACCGUAUUCGGCGUUUAAAGUGUUAUCUCUGUGGGCUUUGAUAUGAUCGACACUUAUUGCUCACCGUUAUAUAUGUUUGACUAACAGUCAAGCAGUAAAAAGGAAGCAGGAGAGGACAAGCGGACUGACUGCGCACCGCUGGCCCACUAAACACACACGGCAACAUUGGCAUGAUUGUUUAGCAACCUACAAAUUAGCCACAGUAUCUAAUUUCUAUUAGUGUAAAGACAAAUUAGAGAUUCCCAAGUAUAUGUGAAGUUUGGACCGGUUGUGUAGUUGAAUAUUAAGGUUUGUUUUUCGUGCUGAAGGAUUGUUUUGUGUGCUUGUGCUGAUCGAUCAUAAUCGCCUCACUGACGUGAUCGAUCAUGGCCACAGAUGUCAUAGUGUCAGAAGAAGUCUCAAACCAGACAGACCCAAAAGAUAUGAACGCCAACAAAGGUAAUACCGAAUCAGACACACCCAAUCGGACAUCCGAGACGCUGGAUAACAGAAAUAUAAGUAGCCCUUUAUCACCAUUGUCGUCGGUUCUUUCUGGAGAAGAAAUAUCUGAGGACUCCUCAACAGGGAAUUUACUGCAGAAUGGAAACAGCCCGAUCAUUUCAGGAGAUCCGCCACAGGAAGCAGCAGCUCCAGACAAUGGACAAAAACAAGCGUCGACAAGCGCAAGGACUUCAACUCAAGACCGACUGCAGCCGACAUUCUCUUCUUCAGUUGAACACAAUGGAAGUUUUGAGCACCAGGAGUCGGUAGCUACAACAGAGGCACGGCUGAGAAUGGAAGGGGUGGAGUUAAAGGAGGAGUGGCAAGAUGAGGACUUUCCCAGGCCACUCCCUGAGGAGGAAGAUAUUCAGCUUGACGAAGAGCUCUUCACUAGAUCUGCUGAUGGAGCACCUGCUCAGCAAUCUUACGGACUGAACAGUGCUAAGAAAACCAAAAAGAAACUUUUGGCCCCAGACAUCAGCCUGAAUCUGGACCACAGUGAGGGAUCGGUCCUUUCAGACGAGCUGGAUGACAGUACAGAACUGGACCUGGAUGGUAUAGACACCCCGUCCGACAACAGCAAUGAGUUUGAGUGGGAAGAUGACCUCCCAAAGCCUAAAAGCACAGAGUUGCUGUGUAAAGGAGUGGAGUCAGUGCAGGAGUACGCCAGCUCUGAGGAACGGGAGGAGGGCCGUCGCUGGAGAGUAUUCCGCAUCGGAGACCAGGACCACAAAGUGGACAUGAAGGCCAUCGAGCCCUACAAGAGAGUUAUCAGUCAUGGAGGUUACUAUGGUGAUGGACUGAAUGCCAUCAUCAUCUUUGCCGUUUGCUUCAUGCCUGAGAGUAAUCAACCAAAUUACAGAUACAUCAUGGAUAAUCUUUUCAAGUAUGUCAUAGGAACUCUAGAGCUGCUUGUAGCUGAGAACUAUUUGAUUGUAUAUCUAAACGGAGCCACUUCACGCCGGAAGAUGCCCAGUGUGGGCUGGCUCAGGAAGUGCUAUCAGCAAAUCGAUCGGAGGUUAAGGAAGAAUUUGAAGUCUUUGAUAAUUGUGCACCCAUCCUGGUUUAUUCGCACCCUCCUGGCCCUCACAAAACCUUUUAUAAGCUCAAAAUUUAGCCAGAAAAUCAAGUAUGUGUACAGCCUAACAGACUUGGCUGAGCUUGUCCCCAUGGAGUAUGUUUCCAUACCAGAGUGCAUUAAACAGUUUGACGAGGAAAAAACUAGGAAAAAAAGUAAAAGGAUUGACCAGGACAUGCAAGGAAAAGUGGAGAUUGCCACGGCUACAGUGCCAGAGUGAGCUGGAGGAAGACUUUGUGAGAAGCAGGAGGAAUAAAAGAAUGUGUUGGAUUUUAACUGGAGAACGCAAGAUCUUGAUGUCAAAAAAGUGCCUUUAAGGCCGUCACUGCCUUAAAGGCAUUACAUUAUGGAACCAUUUCUGUUUUCUUUUUUCUCACACUGUUGCAUUUGUGUCCCAAACGCCUGUCAGAUGGCAUCUGAUUUCUGUGCGUCAAGUGUUUUAAUAACCUUUUAUGUAUCAUUUCAAUAAGUAGAUCCUGUCAAUAUUGUUCUAGAUCCUAUUGUAUCUUGCUCAUAGUUAAGGCACUCUGUUUUUUUGACUAGUUGUUGCAUGUUCUACAUUUACAUUUAAAUAUCUAUAUUUAUAUUCAAAAGGUGAUAAAGGAGAAAGAUUAAUAUAUUUUUAUGAUUGAAUUGUUAUUUUUAGGGCCUCAGUCCUGCCUUGUUUGUUAUCUGCUCACGAAACAUCUCGUAUAACGUUAGAUUCAAACUUGAUUCAAAGCCAAAAUGAUCGAGGAAACUUGCACAUUCAAUUCAUUGGUUUGGGAGGGUGGGGUUUUUGUAUGUUAUGUUCUUGCAAGUAAACUUCCACACAUUGUAAUUCUGUCUGAAACAACUGAAUGCGCUACAAACACUGCAGCUACUCUUCAAUUCUGUGUUGUCAUUUUCCUAAAGAAAAACAGGACAUUUUUGCAGAGUGGGGUAUCUACAAUCACAAUAUGAUGUCCUUUAGAGCAAAAUAGGAAAUUGUGUGCAUUAUUUUUGUGCUAUUAAUAUCAUUGUGGACUUAAAAUGAAUGAUGAGUGAGGAUGUCAUUCCUUAAUUUCUUACAUGGAGUAAAAGGUGACAGAAUUUAAAAUUAAUUUAAUGCUCUGAUAGCCUUGACCCAAAAUUAAUAUUGUGUCUGUCUUUUAGAUUAGACACCAUUUGAAGCCACCACAUUGCCACUUUACAAUCUUGUAAUUGGCCUGCAAGUUUCAAGGUUUGCAAGGAGACUCCUUUGAGUAAAUAUUCCCAGAAAGUAAAUUCUUCAAAGGAAAGUCAUUCAUUACGAUGAAGCUAGUAAUGUAAAAUAACAACACAGUCCUGCACAAAAUAAAGAGUAGCCUACUAUAUCACUGACUAAACAUCUAGAACUAUAUUUUACACAAUGAAAUGGGUUGUCUUGCCAACCACACUGCCUUAUAAAGAUGUUGAACAGUGGGGAAAAAAGGGCAAGACUUUCUAUUUUACCCUAUAAUUAAGCAUUUUAAUGCAAAAGAAAUAGCCUAUUCAGGGUUCAAUUCAAAGUUGAGCUCAAUUGACAGCAUUUGUGGCAUAAUGCAUAUGUCCCUGGUUUUUUUUUUUUUAAUAGGCCUAAAGGGUGAAUGGCCAGGUUUGCUACGGUAACUCGGAUAAUCACUCUGUCUAUACUAUUGUAGUUAGCAGAAUAGCAUCUCAGAAUGCACAACACGUCGAAAUUUGAGGCGGAUGGCAACAACAGCAGAAUGCUACAUCGGGCACUUUAUUAAGAUCUCAGUAUUCCUAAUAAAGUGUUCAGUGAGUGAAUCUACAACUGAGCAACAUGCUAACUGCAAAUGCGUUGGUUGGUUCGUUUCAUUUCUGACAAUUUCACGACACAGUGCUGAAUCUUUCAUUCAGUAUUUAUUUAAAAGAGUUUUAAUAUCAUUAACUGGUUGUUAACUUCUGUCAAGAGGUCCAGACCGCUGCUGAAGCAGCACAUACAAGGUGCUGUCACGUGGCUGUUCCUUUUCUGGAAUUUUCGCUGUGGCAGUGUAUACAAGCAAACCAGCACAGAUGUGAUGGGACGCAUUUGAAUCACACAUAUGAUCUAUGUCUGCAGUAGAUUUACUUUAUAGGUUUUACCACAAGUAAAAUAAGUAAAUAAUUAUUAGGAUUAGGAUAAAGAAAACAUCAGAAGUUGUCUUCGUUCCACUGAAAUACAGCAGAAAAGAAAGGUUGUUGUUGUUGUGAGCUUCUCGCUUUGGUCACAUCAUAAAUGUUUUUAUGUCAAGUUAAAUUUAGUUUGAAACUUAGAAAACAUGUGUCGAGAUGCCUGCAUUCUGAAUUGGGUUCUCUCCAGCUGUUUGAACCCAAGAACACUUUCUCUGUUGGGCUGUCGCUAAUGUCAAGCAAGGUCGUGUCUAGAAGGUAAAAACACAUUUUCCAAAAGCACUUUACCGGUCACUAAAAAAAAAAAAUUUUACAUUUCUUGUUGCACUUAAAUCUGUUUUGUAUACUAUUCUGAUGAUAGUGAAACUUUGUAAUAUGGCACUUUUCGUACCACUGUCUCCUUAAGAUGAUUCGCUUAUGUUUUCCUCUUUUGCAAGUCGCUUUGGAUAAAAGCGUCUGCCAAAUGAAUAAAUGUAAUGUAAAUGUAAAAUUACGGGCUUUCCCACAAUUCCCUGCAUGACAAUUAUUUUUCAUUAUAUUUUAUGGGAAGUGUUAUGUUUCAUCAUAUUUUUAAUAUCAGUUACAUACACUGGGUGUUCUGUGUUAUAUUUGAUGUAGUUUAGUUCAUGUUUACUGCAUUAUUUAAAUCUCACAUGUGUUACCAUGAUGGUGUUUAGUGUUUGUGUGAGUGAUUCUGAGCGCAGUAACUAUACAUUAAUUGGUCAUUGUUCCUGGAACAGCUACUUGUGAUGAACUUCAUGUCAUCAUGUGCCCUUCUGUAGUUAGUAUGGCGAAUAACAAACAUCUUACUAAGUAAACAACACAUUUUUACAGUUUCAGAAGGCACAUUUAUGAAUUUUUUACUGUAAAUUUAACAUUGCGAGUGUAUAAAUUAACCGUUUUAAACUGUAAAAUGUACAGGUUGUUCUGUAAAGUGGUUUACAUUUUAACCACAGCUGCCAGCGUUUUUUUGUAAAAACAACAGGAUUUUUUUUACAGUGUAUGUUUGCUCCAUAUUAAGAUGUAUUCUGGGAAAAAAGUUAUACAGUCAUUAUAUAACAAAUCAGUUGUGUAUUUUCCUCCUGUUACUUGUUUCCUUGCCUCAGGAUUUGUUACUUCAUGACCCAAAGUUUACCUGCAUGUUAAUUUUCAGUGAUUUUAUUAUUCUGGUCUAAUACUAAAACCUGACAACUGUUUUUGGACAGUUCUGUAAAGUGAGAACAAUAGGUAAGUUUAGUCACUGAUCACACUAGCAGCCUGAAAUGAUGAUUUCCAUAGUGUAGCCAGACUUAAUCUGAAUGUUUACACACAACUGAUACUGAGAUGAAUUAAGGAUUUUGAUAUUUGAUAAUGUUUUGAGAGAUUUCAUUUGCUAGUAAACAUUUUGAGCCAUUAGUCUUAA